AUGAAAAAUUCUAAUGAUAUCUCUGAACAGAUGGACUUACAAACUGAGGAUACUCUGAUAUCUGAUAUAACUAAUAAUGUUUUUUUAGAAUUAUCUGAAAAUAAACUCAAUAAUGCUCCAAAUUCUGAUGUAUCUUUUGAAAAUAAAGAGAUCAAAUUUCUGAAACAGAUGUAUAAAAAACAGAUUAGAAAUGAAAUAGAACUUCUUUUGAGUAUUAUUAUUAUUGGUCUUGAAGGUGUUAUUGUUAUCAUUCUUAGAGGCAUUAUUAUUAUUGUUCUUGAGAGUGUUAUUAUUAUUGGUCUUGAAGGCAUUAUUGUCAUUGUUCUUGGAAGUGUUAUUAUUAUUUUUCUUGAAGAUGUUAUUAUCAUUGGUCUUGGAGACAUUGCUAUUACUGAUCCUGAGAGUCUUAUUUUUUUUGUUCUUGAUAAUAGUAUUAUUAGUACUCAUUUUUCUUUUCUAAAUAAAAAAAGAUUAUAUUAA